AUGGAGAGCACUGAUUGGAAGAGGAAUAAACGAGGUUUGAUAAAGUCUGGUGCAAGAUUAGGUCAACGAGUGUCAAGAGACAAAGAUGAUGACACGGAAGUCCAUGUAAAGAAAGGUGACGAAGACCCUCUAUACAAGGAAAUAAAAGAAUCUCAUUUGGUAGUGUCCACACUCAUAACAACUGUAGCCUUCGCAGCAGCUUUCACUAUGCCUGGUGGUUACCAAAGUGAAAAAGGGCCAGAUCAAGGUUUUGCUGUUCUAUCAAGAAAUGCAGCUUUCAAGGCGUUUGUGAUAACAAAUACAUUAGCCAUGAGUAUGUCCGCUUGUGCCGUCAUGAUACGCCUUUUCUCGUCGACGAAAGGGGAGGUUCUUGUAUCACAAUCAUUUGACAUCGCUCUAUCUCUUACCUCUGAUGCAAUGCAUUAUAUGUGGAUUGCAUUCCUUACCGGUACCUACGCAGUAUUAGGAGGUCAUUCAUUAGGACUAGCCAUCGCGUAUAGGUAUAACCUAACAAUGCCGAUGAAGUGA